UCUUUCUAUUUCUCUCUACAAAACGUUCAUAAAUGUUGUACUGUAAAAAACAUAAAAAAUAUGAAAUGUAACAAAAUAAUAACAGCGAAUACACCGAAAGGUUUUCGCACACAUAACCACGAUUCUACAGUACCGCGACGGACGUUACCUACGACGAGCUCAAUACAACUCUAUGUCACAAAUAUAUAUUGAGUAACACAACUACCGUAAAACUUUCACGAGUAUACCUGCGUAUGUGUUAGAAAAAUGGUUAGGAAAAGAGGAACACAACUUUCACCAGUCGCGAUAGAAUUGCUUCUAAAUUUUUUUUAAAACCUGAGACGAGAGUUUGCGGUUUGCUUUAGACUCUUGAUUUUUUGUUUGAAUCACAAAACGUGGUGUAGAUCAUUGUACCAAUUAUAGAGAGGGUUCUCUUGAGAGGAAAAAAAUGGACGAGGAAGAGUCUUUAGGUUAAACGUGCAUUCGAAUGCGUUUCGAUAAAAACUUGAAACACCUGUCAAAAACUCUUUAAUUUUGCCUGCCUUCGCUUUUGUUUAUUUUUCUUAUCGUUCAUUCCUCUGUUCGUGUCGUUCGUGUUUACGAGAUGAGGAAACGAUGAAAAACAUUUCAUUUUUCUACAGCGAAUCAUUUCUGUGAAUUAUAUACUUUUUACGUUCGUGGCUAGACUUGGCCAAGUGAAGAACAAUACAGAAGGGAAUUCGGCUCGUAUUUUCGAUCUUUUCAAAUUCAAUUCUUCAGUUCAUCAGAACGGACAAUAAUUCGCAACGAAACAGUAAUGAAAUUGGAAAAAAUGACGUCCACGUCCUUACAUUCAUCAUACAAAGUAAUCGUUGGAAUAGUCUUUAAAAACACACAAAAAAAGUUAAUGCAACGAAAAAAGAACUGUGGGAGAGAGCGUGUACUAGAAAGCAGUCUUUCUUCAGGCUCUGAGUGAGGUUGAGGGACAUAUUUGUGCGUGCACAUUCUCUUAUUCAAUCAAUAUCGAUUGCUACAUUAUUCUUUUUAAUCGUAUCAUCUUACACUUUGAAAAAUAAUAAAAAAAAUCCCAUCAUUUCGUAUUUAUAAUUGUGAUACACAUUCGUAUAUACGCAGGCUUGUAUUCGUCUGUUCAAUAAUAAAUUUUGUGCAAGUUUUUGCGAAAGCAAUAUGUUUAGAAAAAUAACACGUUUCAUUGACUCGAACAGUUCCUCUGCUUGUCGUCUACACACCGGUAAUAAUCUUUGCAGGGCGAUUGUGAUAGACGGAAAAUCGAUAGCGAAAGAAAUUCACAAAGAGGUUAGAAGCAGUGUCGAGAGUUGGUUGGCUUCCGGUAGACGGCGACCAAAAUUGGUGGCGAUUCUCGUAGGCAAUGAUCCUGCGAGCGAGGUCUACGUCGGUCGGAAAGUUAAGGCUGCCCAAUCGAUCGGUAUCGAAGGGCAGACCAUACUUCUCGAUAAAAACAUCAAACAAUCAGAAUUGAUCGAACAAAUUGAAAAAUUGAAUAGAGAUUCCAGCGUUGAUGGGAUUCUCGUUCAGUUGCCAUUGCCAAAUGGCCUUGAUGACAGGGAAGCCUGUCACGCCGUCAGUACGACCAAAGACGUCGAUGGAUUUCACCAGGAAAAUUUGGGCAAACUAUGCUCGGACAGUCGUGGCUUUGUUCCUGCCACUGCUCUCGCUGUACGUGAAUUGAUUGUCAGAUCGGGUGUGCAAACGCGAGGACGUAACGCCCUUGUUAUUGGAAGGUCCAAACACGUGGGUUUGCCAAUUGCUCUGUUGCUUCAUGCUAACGCUCAAGGUCAAACAGGCGCGUUGGAUAUGACGACAACGAUUUGUCACGUUCAUACACCACCCGAAGAGCUCGUAAAACACGCGAAAUUGGCGGACGUUCUAGUUUCGGCUACGGGUGUUCCUGGACUCGUGAAACCACACAUGAUAAAACCCGGUGCUUGUGUGAUCGACGUGGGAAUUACAAGAGUCGUUGGAGAAAACGGGAAAACGAAAAUAGUCGGUGACGUCGAUUACGAAAGGGUCAAAGAAAUCGCAGGACACAUUACACCUGUUCCUGGGGGAGUUGGGCCCAUGACUGUCGCAAUGCUCAUGAAAAAUACGUUUCUUGCAGCCCAGAAAAACUCUUCUCUUUAAUCUGUAUUUUUUUAUUAUCCAAUGUUUUUUUUCUAUCGUAACUAAUAAAAGUAUUCGUAGGUUGCGUA